UUGCUUUUAUCGCUGCGUAGUGUGUGGUGUGUUUAUACAGUGUAAUAGAAAAUUUUAAAUUAAUUUAAAUUAAUGAAAGAAAUUUGAAGUAAACUGGAGAACUGCAUGUUAAUAUAUAUAGAUAAUUCUAAAACUUUAAUAAAAAUAGCUACAAAAUGUUUGCAUUAAUGCGCAAAUUACCACAAUUGAUGCGUGUAACUGCUAGUUCACCCAUAACUUCAGUUAUCAACACUAAUGGGCAGAACUCGUUCAUAUCCACUGGUGAAGGAGUACAGAAUUCAGAACAUGUAACUAAGGCAGUUGAUACUAUAGGAGGUCUACCAACAGAUUUAGUCAAUCAACAAAAAUUGAAGAAAACAUCAAGAACUUUAUCAACUCUACAAAAUCAUUCAGUGCCAAUUGCUGCCCGCGUCACCGUAUCGAAAGAUGAGAGUCGUGACUUCAUGGCCGUUUUUCCAGAUUUAGUGCGUGACCUUACAGAAGCUUCUAAAAAAUACAAAACCGAAGAAGCAGCAAAAUGGUUUGCUAAGGCAUUACAGUAUAAUGUUCCACGGGGUAAGAAAAACCGAGGAUUACUAACCGUAUUAACAUACAAAAAUCUAGUCAAAAGUGAAAUGUUAACACCGGAGAAUAUUAAAUUAGCACAGUAUUUGGGUUGGUGUGUAGAAAUGCUGCAAAGUUUUCUCAUCAUUUAUGAUGAUAUAAUGGAUGCUAGUACCACUCGUCGCGGUCAACCAUGCUGGUAUAAAAUGGAGAACGUUGGGCUCACUGCUAUUAACGACGCCAUUAUGAUUGAAAAUGGCAUUUACACUUUACUCAAGAAGCACUUUGGUCAUUUGAGUUGCUACAAUGAACUACUAGAAUUAUUCCAUGAAAUAACUUUUAUCACAUCUUGUGGUCAAUCAUUGGAUUUGCUUAAUUCAAAAAACAAUGUCACAGCAUUCACAAUGGAUACUUACAAAUCAAUCGUUGCAAAUAAGACUGCCUACUAUACAUUCUAUUUACCUUUUGCCUUAGCUAUGCAUUUAGCUGGUUAUAAGGAUGCGGAAGCUUUUCGCCAAUCUAAAACGAUUUUGCUGGAAAUGGGUCAUUUCUUCCAAGUACAAGAUGAUUUUCUGGACUGUUUUGGCAAUCCGGAAGUAACUGGUAAAAUUGGAACAGAUAUACAAGAUAAUAAAUGCUCUUGGUUAGCUGUUGUCUGUAUGCAACGUGCCAACGAUGAACAAAAAGCUAUUAUGGCUGAAUGUUAUGGAAAAACAGAUCCUGAAAACGUAGAACGAGUAAAAGAACUAUAUAAAGAAUUGGGCAUACCGAAUACUUAUGCUACUUACGAAGAAGAUUCUUAUAAUAUGAUCAAGACACACAUUCAACAAACAUCUCGUGGCGUGCCACAUGAAAUUUUCUUGGAAAUUCUUAAUAAAAUUUAUCAGAGAGCUUCAUAAAUUGUUAGUGCCUCAUUUAAAAGAACUAAUCAUUGCUUCUUCAAUAGUUAGUAGGUUUUUAUAUGUAUAUAAACAUACAACUAAAAUUUUUAUAUAAAACGCAUGCUUUAAAACUGAUUUUAUAGUUUAGUUUUUAAGACUACAAUGUCAAAUACAAGAGUCGGUAUAUCCUUAAAGAAUUAUUAUAAAUAUAUAUUGUGUGUGAUUAUAAUUAGAAUUUAUUUUAUGUUAAUAAAUUUAUUUAAAAUCU